AUGGGCAACAUCUGUUCUCGUUCGUCCAAUGAGCCGGACGCAUUCUCUGGACCCGGUCGUAUCGUAGGUGCUCCAUCCCCGGACCAAUCUGCAGCUCCUCGUGCCUCGGUUCCUGCCAAUACGAACUGGAAGAGCACACCAGGAAGAACUCUCGGGGACAGCGCAGGGCCGCCGGGUGGAGAAGAUGAGGCGCGCUCCAAUGCCGCGAUAGCAGCACAGAAACGAGCAGAAGCUGCCUCCGCCUCGGCCAGCAAGGGGAAACUAAGCUCCAAGCUCGCAACAGAGAAGGCUCAGACCCAGAAUCAGAUCCUUAGCCAGGCCAGCCAGGGGGAGCGUUCAGCACGAGAUGCGGACGAUGCGCAGAAGGCGAGGGAGUGGAAUUAG